CUCGACCCAGGAUCGGCAUUACCUCUGGUGUACUCUGACCACAUAUGAUAGUCUUAUAAUCUGCACUGCACAAGUUCAAUGCUUAUCUGCUUUGAAAAUGAUUCCUCAAGGAUAUGUGGUGGACGGUUAACACUUAUCGUUUAGAUGGACCUCUAGAAAGUGACAUGACCUUGAACCCUGCUGAAGACACCUACACGGUGGAUGAAUCUGGAUCACUGACUGUGAACUGUUCAGCAGACUGCAAGCCGGGCUGUACAUACACCUGGUCUUACCUGGAUAGAGGUAUCGCCACAGGAAGUCGUCUACAUCUGACCCACAUCACUGAGCAAGAGGCUGGCUAUUACAGGUGCACGGCGAGAAAUCCAGGAUCUGGGAUCACCGCUGACAAAUAUUUCAAAUUAUACGUGGAGAAUUCGUCUUUCCCCGUUCGUGUUGUCGUUGGACUGGGAGUUGUGAUCGGACUUGCCGUGGGAGUCGUCGCUGUCACGAUAUAUUGUGUAGCCCGACGACAAUGUGCACAGAGUACAACAUCGAAAAAAGGAGAUCAUGUAUACGAGAGCACGUCUGUGAGGAACAAUGGAAACCAAAACGAAGAAACAAACUAUGAGGUUUUGAGACCUUAAAGUUGCACGCCCUUGUUUCAGUCCGCGAAAAUUAAUUCUAAUUUUGGUUAAUCUACAAACCUGUAACACACUUAGAUCACGUUUUUAUAAAAUAGAGUGAAAAAGCAGGUUU